UUCCCUGCUACAACGAGUGUGCGCAUGAGGGGUGUGAUUGAAAUCCCGCAAUACACCACAGACUCGAUGAAAGUAAACAAAAAGCAACCACAAACUUAAAAUAGCACACCAUCGAGACACACUCGCAAUUAGAAACCAGUUCGUUCACAGGGAUCUGACUCCCGAACCAAGACCGGAUGACUAUUCUCUAGGGAAAGAGUUAGGUUUCAAUUGGUGCCCCAGAAUCUGAAGCCCCAGUUCCCGAGUCACGGCGUAUCUCCGCUCUUGCUAGUGCUGCUUGCUUCUGAAAGGGGGAGUGUGUAGCGUGCGGAAGUGCUGAACGGGAUUCCAGCUUUGUUGAUCACAGCAAGGUGCUGGCAUUAUCCCGGGAACUGAGUGUUUCAGCGGGAUUCGGACCAGAGAGGGUAAACAUGGCGGAAUCCGAAAACGCGACGCACUCUGUGCACACAGCGGAGACCAUGGACACCCCUGCCGGACCCUCACAAGAAGCUGCUGAUGUGGAGAUGCAUCCAGUGGACAGUGAUGGGGGUACUGACCUUCUGGCUGCUGACCCUGCUCUUCCAACAAAAGUCAGCAGUGAGGAGUUGAAAAAAGGAGGUGGGGGAGAGGAGGAGGAGACUGUGGCACUUACCCCCAAGCUGCAGGAGGGGGAGCUGGGAGAGGGUAAAGGGAAGGAAGGCAAGGUAGAUGGGGAGGCUGACAGUGACAGCGUCCCCUUAACCACGUCCCUCAGCCUGCCCACCAGCGUGGACUCUCCAUUGGGGGGGUUGGACAGUGCUGAAGCAGACCAUGUGAAGGAGGGACGUGGUGCAGGGGAGGACCAGGUGGCCCUGGCGGAGGCCACAGAGGAAGAGUGUGACAUGGACACGUUACCCAGCAGCACUCGGGGUGAUGCUGAUGCAGACGGUUUGAUGGACACACAGACAGACACUCGGAUGGAUGCACAAAUGGACACACAAGAACAGGCUCAGAGUCAACUGGUGCCGAAGGAAUUGCAGAAGGACGAAGAGUCAGACAGCAGUGAGGAUCGUACCCCUGAUGUGGAUAUGGCUUCCCCACCCGGUGAGGCAGAGCUCCCACCCAUAGCUAUGGAAGAGACACGUUCUGCAUCGGAGUCCACACAGAGUACCAAGACGGACCGGAAUGGACCGGCACCUGACAGACGGCCACCCCUCUCUCCCCUCCCCACAACCCUCCCUGUUGAAAAUGGGGAGAAAGCACAGGAGACAGGAGUGAAUGGGCAGCUGGCAGACGAGCCAUGUGAGGCGGUGUCUGUUCAGCAGAGGGUAGAGACAGUGGACUCGGGAAGGGUGUCCCUCUCACCGCCCAUGAAGAUUAAGGAUGAACCCGUGGAUGAGGAGUAUGACCGUGCCCUUGGCCCCCAAAGUGAUCCUGUGGGAAUCAAGGAUGAGCCUGACGCUGCAGAGGAGUUUGGCCAGCAGCACAAGACCACAGAGGAAUUAAAAAUCAGUGCUGUCUUCUCUGUGGGUGGAAAUUCCACUUCUACAGCUCCAUCAGCAGUCACCCAGCCAGCAAAAGCGGUGGUGGCUCCUUCCAAAACUGUGACACUGACCACACCUGUGACCCCUCUGCCUCCGCUGCCCCCGCCUAACCUGGUCCGGGUUUCCUGCUCCGGGUGUAAGAAGGUACUUCUGAAGGGGCAAACAGCCUACCAGCGGAAGGGCUCCUCCCAGCUCUUCUGCUCCACCAUCUGCCUUACGGGCUACACCUUGCCCGCUGUGAAGUCUGUGCUAAAGAAGACCUGCCACUACUGCUUCAAGGAAAUUGAGAACCCCAAGGAUGUGAUCAUUGCCCCUGUGGAUAUGGCGGGGACGGUGAAGGACUUCUGCAGCCAGACUUGCUUGUCAGCCUUUGACUUUAAGAGGAAGACAGCUGUGUCCACACUGGCCACCGAGGGCGUGACCAUCAAGUGCAGUGUGUGUCAAAAGGUCACCAUUAUUCGGCAUGAGGUUAACUACCAGGGCACUGUGCACAAGCUGUGCAGCGACGCCUGCUUCUCCCGCUUCCGCUCCUCCAACAACCUGACCAUGAACUGCUGUGAGAACUGCGGCGGCUACUGCUACAGCGGCAACGACCGAUGCCACACGCUACACAUAGAGGGCGACACCAAAAAGCUCUGCAGCCCCAGCUGCGUUACUGCGUACAAAAUGAAGAGUGUGAAGGUCACUCCCUGCACCAUGUGUCGGAAUCUGCGCUCCUCGGCUGAGAUGGUGGAGCACACCACCUCUCAGGGCAAGACAGAGCUCUUCUGCAAUGCCAGCUGUGUGACGGCAUACAAAGUUCAGACUGUCAGUACAUCAGGUGCUGUGUUGCCAUGCAACCACUGCAAGGUGAGUGCAGUUCCACAGUACCACCUGGCCAUGUCCGAUGGGUCCAUGCGGAACUUCUGCUCCUAUGGCUGUGUCAUCAACUUUCAGGCGGUGUUCAACAAGAGCACCACCCAGAGCCUGCUGAACGUCAUUCCCCCGGCCGUCCUCACCUCCACUCCGCCUGCUCCCAGCCCUGCGGCCCCCACCACCGCCUCCUCCAAUUCGCCAGCCCCCACGACUGCGCCUCAAGCCUCCACCCCCACCCCCACCCCAUCACAGCCCCCUGCACGAGUGCCGUACAAACUCAUCUGCAAGCACUGCUACCGCCUAUUUGCCUCCAAACCGGAGCUCAUAGAGUUUAAGGGUCAGAUGGUCCAGUUCUGUGGGAAGAAGUGCUCGGAGGAGUUCAAGAAGGUGCACUUUGUCAUGGCGCGCUGUGAGUACUGCAAAAUCGACAAAGUCGUGAAAGAGGUCAAGAAGAUCAACAAGCAGGACUGCUCCUUCUGUAGUGAGGGCUGUAAGCUGCUCUACAAGCAUGACCUGGCCAAGCGCUGGGGGAACCACUGCCACACCUGUACGUACUGUGGCAACACAGUCCUGAGGGUGGUCCACAAACACUUCGCCGGCAAGAGGGAGGAGUUCUGCGGCGACGAGUGCAUGUCCCACUACACUGUGCUGUUCUACCAGAUGUCAAAGUGUGACGGAUGUAAGCGGCAGGGCAAGCUGCUCGAGUCACUGAAGUGGCUGGGAGAGAUGAAGCACUUCUGCAACCUGCAGUGUCUGCUCCAGUUCUGCAGCCAGCAGCCCUCUUAUGACCCGCGGGCCAAAGCCGGCUCCACCGUCCCAGCUCCACAGGCACCUGCCACUGGUGCCACAGAGGCCCCCCCUACGGCAGCCCAAGCGAUCCCGUCAGCCUCCUCCCACCCAUCCAAGGAGGCCACACCUGUCAUCGCAAAUGUCGUCUCCCUUGCCAGCGCCCCCACUGGGCAACCUACAGUCUACGCCAACACCGCUCUUCAAGGGGCUGUUCCUGGCACUCAGGCUAAAAUCAUUGAACAUGCCAGUACGCAGACAGACGCCCUGAAGCUGCCCCCAGCUCCGCCCGUUAGGGUGCUGAAGAACAAGGCUCUGCUUUGCAAACCAAUGAGCCAAAACAAGGGCACAAGCUGCAAGCCUCACACACAGAGUACAGAAACACAGACAGAUGAGAUGCUUCCGAAAGUGGUUGUGCUGCCUGUUCCUGUGCCAGUCUUCAUCCCUGUGCCAUUGCAUCUGUACACCCAGUACACCCCUUGUCCUGUGGGACUGCCCCUCCCGUUGCCGGUGCCCAUGUUCCUGCCCACCACUCUGGACAGCGCUGAGCGCAUCGUGGAGACCAUCCAGGAGAUCAAGGAGAAGAUCCCAGCCAACCCCUACGAGGCUGACCUCAUCCUCAUGGCUGACCUGCUGGCGGAGGAUGAGGAGAAGGACAAGCCUGUGUCCCAUGGAGACCAGGGCAGCAGCUACAGUGGGGACCUGGAGUCGGAGGCUGUGUCCACACCACACAGCUUGGAGGACGAGACCUCCACCUCCUCCCACAGACACGGCCGGGCGCCCGACCAGGAAGUACGCUCCGUGGGCACUACGCCUGCUAACUCUUCACCCCAACCGCAGCAGGACCUGGAGGCUGACUUCCCCAUCGGGUGCUUUGAUCCUUCUGCGAAGGAACAGAGUGAGAUGACAUCACCAUCCAGGCAGCGAGGCCGUAGGCGAACUCGAGAUGGCUUCCCGCCAAGAAAGCGGGGUCGGAAACGGGCAGCCGCAGCACCACCGGCAGGGCAGGUGCAGGAAGCGCAGCCACCAGCGGGUGGUUUGAAGCUGUACCCAAUGUAUGGAGUGAAUGCCUGGAAGAACUGGGUCCAGUGGCGGGGCAAGCAGCCUGACCUGGAGAAUCCGCGAUUCGGCACGCGGCCCGUGGUGCUGAAGGAGGAUGUAGUGCAGUGUAGCACAGCGGAGCUCAGUUAUGGACUGUGUUGCUUUAUCAGCGAGGUCCGUCGGCCCAAUGGGGAACCCUACACCCCAGACAGCAUCUUCUACCUCUGCCUAGGCAUCCAGCAGCACCUUUUUGAGAAUGGGCGGAUGGAGAACAUCUUCACUGACCUGUUCUACAGCAAGUUCACCUCAGAGAUCACCAAGCUUCUCAAAGACUGGAAGCCUACAAUACUUCCCAGUGGUUACCUGCACUCGCGGGUGGAGGAGGAGUAUCUGUGGGAGUGCAAGCAGCUGGGGGCAUACUCCCCUAUCGUGCUGCUGAACACUCUGCUCUUCUUCAGCACCAAGCUCUUCCACCUGAAGACCCUCCCCCAGCACCGCCGCCUCUCCUUCGCCCACGUCAUGCGCUGCACCAGGACCCUGAAGAACAACAGCAAGACCAACUUCCUGCGCUUCUAUCCGCCCGUGCCAAAAGAGCCCGCCAACACAGUGGAGAAAGCAGUGGUGCCAGCAAAGAGGAAGAAGGAGGAUGAGGAGGAAGAGGAGGUGAUGGAGAUGCCAGAGAACACCGAAAACCCCCUACGAUGUCCUGUCAGACUUUAUGAGUUCUACCUCUCCAAGUGCUCGGACUCAGUGAAGCAGCGCACAGACCUGUUCUACCUGCAGCCAGAGCGCUCCUGUGUACCCAACAGCCCGCUGUGGUACUCCUCCAUGCCGCUCGAAAGUGCCACCCUGGAGACCAUGCUCACCCGCAUCCUCACCGUACGGGAAGUGCAUCUCGCCGGGGAACAGCCCCUUCCGCAGACUGCCACCUCUGACGACGAGACCUCGGAGUGACCGCGGUAGACGAACGGGGACAAAGAUGUAUGCAGCAUUUCCUACGCACAGGCACACAUUCAACCCUCAGACAUCGCGGGGACUCAAGACCAGCAGAGAAGCCUCCGGUCCAUUGUUUAUCGAGUGACAAUGUCAGUGGGUUUUUCCCGAGUGGAUUAAAUCUGUGAUUGCAAACGUCUGCGUUUUCCGAAGAAAUAAUGAUCCACACCCGAGCGCACGUGUGUUCAAAGGUAUGUAUUCUGACCGAGCUGAAUAACGCACAACGCUAAAGAAUUUUGUUUACAGGGCAAAGAUUUUUUUUUGUCCUGUUCUUAUUAUAAAAGACUGUAAGUUUGAAUGU